CGAACAUCCAGAGAAAGAAUGAACGGCACCGAAAUGCGAUGAGCAAAGCGAGGACGUAAACACGAACACCAUUCAACACAGGACAACACGAGUACAUACCGUUGGCCGGUCGAGAGUGCUCUUUUGGUCGGACUUCCACGGAAUAACAUAGCGAUACUACUACCAACCAAUGAUAAUGCGUCCCCGACCAUAAGAAUAUUACCGCAAACGAAGAGAACAGAACGCAACAAGAAAAGAGAGAAGAGAAGAGAAGAGGGCAGAAGAAAACGAAAGAAAAGGAAACCUUCUGUUCGUUCCGUGAAGGGGUUCGCUGCACUUGCAUUCGGUUCGAUUCGGCUCGAACGCGACGGCUUUUCUUCUUCUUCUUCUACUACUACUACUACCCUAAAAGCAACCAAAACCAUGGCCUCCAAGCGUCACUCCGGGCCCGGUCAGUUUGCGGCCCUGUUGGACGACGACGACGACGACUCGUCUUCUUCGUCCGGCUCCUCCGACCAGGACGGCAGCAACGGGCCGCCGCCGCCCCCCGACGGGGAGGACCUGUCCUCGUGCUGGGCCGACGAGGAAACCGUCCUGGAGUGCGUCUACGGCGAGGAAUGCGAACGGUCGACGAGGGGGCGGUCGGGCCGGGCGGUGGCGCGGGUCCGCGUCCGGCCCCCGGACCUGGCCCCGGAGGAGAUCGGCUGCUCCCUGACGCUGGUGGUGAAGAUCCCCAGGAACUACCCCUACGCCGUCCCGGGGAUCCGGCUGAGGGAGACCGUGGGCCUCUCCGGGGCCGGGACCGCCCAGCUGCUGGAGCGGCUGCAGAGGCGCGCUUCGGAGCUGGCGGAGAACGGAAUGGUGAUGGUCUGCGAGCUGGUCCAGGUCUGCGAGGGCUUUCUGCUGGAGCACAACGUCGACCCCUCCAUGUCGGCCUGGGAGCAGUCGAGGGCCAGGGAGGAACGGGAGCGGACCGAGAAGGAGGAGGCCGCAAAGGCCCGGGAGCGGAGGCUCUUGUCGCUCAUCGAGGAAGAAAAGUCGGCGGCGACCGCUGCCGGAGCGGAGGGUUCAGGCGGAGCCCAAGGCGACGGCGGGAAGCCCCCGGAGGAGAUCCAAAAGGAGCUGGUCCGACAGAGGGAGGCCCUCGAGGAAGCCAACAAGCACCGGAGGCGGAACCAUUCCGGUGCCCUGCUGUUCGGCGGUCUUGCCGCAAGCCCCUCGGUCGGCCAAGAGGAAAGCGACGGUGACGAUGAAUACGACGAAUACGGGGACGAGGAUGACGACGGCGACGUCGUCCCGUCCUCCCUCGCGUCGUCGUCCUCCCGGUACAAGACGGACUUUAUCGAGAUGGAGGUCCUCGGCCGGGGGGGCGGGGGAGAGGUCGUCAGGGUCCGGAACCGGCUGGACCGCCGGAUCUACGCCAUCAAGAAAAUCAUCCUGGAAAGCGAAAAGGGCACCCUGGCGCGCUCCGGAAAGGCACAGAACAAGAAGCUCCGCAGGGAGGUGACGACGAUCUCGAGGAUGAUGCACAAGAACAUCGUCCGUUACUACCAGGCGUGGGUGGAAGGAAGCAGUGACGGGGCCGUGGAGGAAGGAGACGAAGAGGAAGACGGCGGAGGGGAGGACGACAACAGCAACGGUGGCGGUGAACAAGAUAACAACGCCGGUGGUGUCCCGGAAGACCUCCUGAACCCGAACCUUGAAGGAUCGAGCGACGACGAGGACAACAACGACGAGGGCUGGUGGACGCGGUCGCCGACCCGUUCGGGCGCCCGCAAGCGGUCCCUGCCGCGAACGCAGAGCGCGUCGCGGAGCAGCAGCGGUGUGUCCGGCAUCGGUGGCAGCGGCGGAGACGACCAAAGCUCCUCGGAGGCAUGGUCCAGCGACGAGGACGGGGGUAGCGAGACCGCGGCGAUUUCCGGCUCGGUGGGCGAGGACGUCCGGCUGUUCCCCCACAACUUUGAUUUUACGCACCAGUACGAUGGCCUCUUCAAGAACGUGCAACCCGCCACCGACGACGAGGACGAGGACAGCGGUGCAAGCAGCUCCAAUGACGAGGCGAACGACAACGGUGGCGGUGAGAACGGCAACGAACACGACGACGACGACGACGACGACAGCAGCGCCUCGUGGGGGGACGACUCUUCCGUGAAGGUGGACCACACCAAAAAGCAGAGCAUUUUGUACAUACAGAUGGAAUACUGCAACACGACGCUGCGAAAACUGAUCGACGACAACGCGCUCCCCGAAAUGUCCGAUUCCGACGUCUGGAGGCUGGUGCGCCAGAUCGUGGAAGCCCUAGUGUACAUACACGACCGGCGGAUCAUCCACCGCGACCUGAAACCCGGAAAUAUCUUUCUAGACUCGGAAGGAAACAUCCGGCUGGGGGACUUUGGCCUGGCCACCACGAGGCGGCAGGACCACAGCCGCGCGUCUCCCGGCCCGGACGAUGCGGAAGAACUACCACCGGACGAGCGGGAGGUCCUCUACGAGGCCAUGGAGGGCCUUGGAGUCCUGCUGGGAGAGAACACCAUUCUUUCCAGGUCGGUUGUAUCGCACACAAGUGGUGGCGGGGAAUCCCUGACCGGUGGAGGUAAGCAAAGCAAGGAAGGGGGAUGCUUUGUUGGUUGACUUUUGUGUCUAUUUUUUGUCUUUUGUUUCGUUCCAUUCCAGAGUUCUGAGCUGCUUUGUUGUUGUCUACUCCACUAGUCGGCACCACGUUUUACAGAGCCCCAGAGCAGGCGGGCAUACUGUCCGCAAGAAAGGGCCGCGGGAGCGAUUCGUCGUCCUACGGGGUCAAGGCAGACAUAUACAGCCUGGGCAUCGUGAUUUUCGAGAUGUAUCACCCCAGGUUUGGCACCUACAUGGAACGCUCGGAAACGCUGAACCGACUCAUUUCCGGGAAACCCGGCGAACGAUUUCCCGCGGACUUCGCCCCCCAGAACGCCAAGGACAUAAUCACCUGGUGCCUCGAGCGAGAUCCGGCAAAGCGCCCCUCCGCAAAGGAGUUGCUCAAGGUAAGGAAUACCAACAUACUGGAACGACUCCGCGAGUCCGGUGGAACGUUGCUUGGUGUGUUUUGGACGCGUCUUUGUUCAGACUGAUACAAAUGUGUUGCUGUUCGUUGCAUUUUUGCGUUACCAGAGCGACCUCCUCCCUAGAAAAAUAGAAGUAGAACAGCGAUAUCUGGAAGGUGAGUAUACGGAAGAGGCGGCUCCUGUUUUCAACUCGAGAAACAAUGCGUUUAACUCAUCCAAUCUCAUCGGUUCGUACCUUUUCCAUGGCAUAUUUCAGAGGCUCUCGAGCUUUUGAGCAAUUCGCAACCAGAGGGGAGUUUGACCCAGGCCAUCGUCGAUGCCAUCUUUUCAAAGAAAACCUCUGACAUAGACGAGUUUACGUACGAUACAGACACUGCUGUAAAAGCAAAUAAUAUCGGUACAACCACACGCACCCAGACGCCCUCAGAAGGCUUGAUGAGAGGUACGCAAACCCUGUCAAAUUGUCCUUUGCGUUGUUUGUUCGGUUCCUGCUGUGGACUCACACUUUCCCCACCUCGUUUGGCAAUUGCUGCCUAUAGCAUUCCGCUGCAUACGAAACGGUACCAUCGAUGUCAAAUCACUUUCGAUGAGUAAUAUGUCUAUGGUUGCUGCGACAUCGGCCAUCAAUCGAACCAGAAACGCAACGAAGCUCGGAAAGGAGAUCGGUAUAAAGGGAGAUUUGAAGCGGUCUAGGAAACAAACAGUCGGAAUCCUGGCAUCUCGUGCGGCGGCAGCCAUUGCAAUCGACGGAAAUCUCGACGGAGUUUUGGGAAAGGAUCCCAGGAUUGUAGAGAUGAUCACUACCCGACUGGCAAAUAUCUUCCAGGCCCAUGGUGCAGUGCACCUGAAAUCUCCUCUGUUGAGACCUCGUUAUUCUUCUUCCGACAAGACCAUCAUUGGAGGGCCCGCCGAAGUAUUGAAUAGAAGGGGCGUUGCCUUGUGUCUGUCGGAAGAUCUCACUGCUUCCUUUGCGCGAGCAGUUGGAAGGGGCGGUCAGAGUGCCUCGAACUUGAAGAGGUACGAGAUCGACCGAGUCUACCACAAGUCUCUUUCUGGCGGGCAUCCCCGCACGAAGUUAGAAGCAAGCUUUGAUAUUACUCAAGACGAGUCAAGCCUAAAGAGUUACUAUAUAGAGGCCGAAGCUAUUUCGGUUGUAUCUCACGUGAUGUCUCAACUAGAAAUCCCAAACACGUCGGACCUGCCCUUUGGAGCAAGCCCUCCGUUAUGGUAUCUUAGGAUAACGCACACGCGCCUCGCCGACGGCAUUCUCGACAUUUGUGGGGUGAAAGGAAAUGCUUUGAGAAGGCUUUGUCUGCGCCUCUUCACCGAAAUCACGGCACCCACGCCUUCUUCUCUUUUCCAGCUUCUCCCCCGUCCGGCGGGACGAACACGAGCGACGAGUCGCGAUGGACCACCGGUGACUCGAACCGAAAAACUCGAACAGUUCAUCGAAGCAGCAACUCGUCACCACUCAAUGACCAGCUCGGUCGCAGACAAACUACGACUUUUAUUAAAGGACUGCAUGCCGCUUCCAGUGAACAUUAACAAGGCCAUUGAAGUUUUGAAAAAGGCCAUUGAAAAAUUGAAGGCUGCUCAGGUAUCACUGAGCAAGACUUUUGACGGGAAAGAACUGGACUCGCGCAAAAUUCUGAAUCACUUGGAAAACCUCACAAAGACAUUACAAUCGAUUGGCGUUCGAACCGCCUUCGACUUGCACACUGCCGACGAGAAACCUUCCACAAACGGCUACAAUUGUCCCUUGCUGAUAUCUCUCGAUUUGGGUUUGAGACAACAAAGAAAGCACUAUCACGGCCAGCUAUUAUUUCAAUGCAUCGCAAUUCCAAGCAACUAUUUCAACUCUCUGCGUUCCACAGAGGAUGUGGUGCGCACGACAAACGACUCUCUCCUCUCUUCGUCUGGAAAGGGAAUCAAGGUUGCGGAGGGCGGGAGGUACGAUGAAUUGGUUCGAAAAUCAAGGCCACCGGGUAAUUUCGGAUCCGCGCUGUUCAACACCUACACUGCGGCACCCAUUCCGAAAUGCGUAGGUGUGAGAUUUGCCAUUGGGAAGCUCAUUACACUAUUGUAUCUCGAAACGUCGCUGUCCAAUGCGGCCGUGGUGGAAUCCUUUGAUGCAGCAAAGGGAAGCAACGCCAACAUUGGGUACGAAAUGGGUGUGAUCCGCGGAAGCCUUGGUGCGCCGCUGAAUGCCAUGCCGAUGCCAAUCCAAUGCCUCGUUUCCAGCGGCAACGGUCUGGACGCCGAGACCGCGAAAGAACGCCUCGUUGUAUCUUCGGUGCUUUGGUCCGAGGGCAUAUCCUGCGAAUACCUGGCUCAGAGUGGUCUCAUGGCAAACUUGCUGAAGCAGCGAAGAGGAGAAUGCACCGGAAAUAGUUCGUCUGUAAGUUGCCGAUUAUGACCAAGAAGCCUUGCUCGGGCGAUGUACCUAAUGGGAUCCCUUUUUCUUGGCUUUCUGUUCCUUCUCUUUGACACAGGAUUGGUCUCUGGAAGAACUCUGCGGUAUUUGUGCCAUCAUGAAGGUGAGUAUUUUUUUUAAAAAAGAUUUCCGGUGUGGUUGUUUCGCAUCCGCUUGUCUCUGCUAUCUCACACGGAGAUUUCAUUCAAAACCAACUAGAUCCCGUUUGUGGUGGUAGUACAACCACACAUACUGAACGACAUUGGAAAAGUCCAACUCCGCCACGUCGCAUCGGUUGGUGGCACCGACGACGACACCGAGAACUACAUCUCGCUCGGCAGCCUGGCCUCGACCAUCCAGGACUUGUCCCGCGCCGCCAGCGACGACCAGCUCGCUCACCGCGGCGAUCUCGGGGGUGCCUCGGCGCAGUCCCAGUGGGGCAACGCCUACCACCGAUACGGGGCGGCGGGCAGCGGCACCCGGGCCUCGGUGGAGCCGUCGAUCGAGUGCAUCUACAUCCAGAAGGACCAGUUUUUCGACUCGGAACGCCACCUCUCCAAGGUGGACCACAAGGCCCACUCCAAGGCCAUCAUGAAGACGAUGCGCGGGAUCACGCAGCGGGCGGAGGCCUUUGCGAGGGCCAUGGUGGACCCGGGCGACGGGGCAUCGAACGACCUCUCGGUCUUUGCCGUGACCGACGUCUCGUUCUGGUGCCUCCGGGACUUUGGGACCCACCUGAUGAAAACGGCGGGGGCGGUCCAGUCGGCCGACACGGCCUACAAGGAGACGAUCGGGGCCUACCCGGGCCACAAGCGGAGUCUCAAGACGCUGGGGGCCGCCAUCGACAGCCACAUGAAGCGGAACGGGUUCUGGAGCAGGACCGGGGGCCUUGCGGCGGAGGGCGGGGACACCAGGGAGGUGAUGUUCCUGCUGUACAGCAAGCCCGACGACCGGUUCGACAUGGUGACGCUGCGGUGCUAGCGGAGGAGGAGGCCAGGGACACGCGCUUCAAACGAACGGCAGCGCACGCGCGUGCAGCAUCGAGUCCGUAGCGACAAACAAUGGUGCGAAUGUUUGAGCGACUGCCAUACUUACGUACAAUGCAAACAUACUAGUCACGAAUUGGAUACCAACGCAAUCGCACUGGCUAGUCUACAAAACAAAAAUGUCUUUUGCUA